GAGUCGGACAUGUUUCGAGCAAAUGCUGCUUUCCGGGAGAUAGAUGGGGUGCCUACUGACAUCCUAACAUCGUGCGUGUACAAAAGGGAUUGCUUUACUUGUCCAUCUAUUCGGGAACUCAGGAAAUUUAGAGUGAUCUUGUCUACUUUUGUUAGUAGCUUUCGGCUGCAUAAUGAAGGGAUAGUUGCUGGCCAUUUUAGUCAUAUUUUUUUGGUGAAUGCUUCAUCAGCUACCGAGCCAGAAGCAAUGGUGGCUUUGGCUAAUUUGGCUAGUGAGAAUACAGCAGUGAUAGUAACUGGUGCUCCAGGAAACCAUUCAGGCUGGGUUCGUUCCGAUAUUGCAAGGGAGAAUGGGCUAAUGACAUCCUACUUCGAAAGACUUCGUGAUAGCAAGCCAUACUGGAAUUCACAUCCUGAGUUUAUCAGGCAGCUGGUUGAUCCCGAGAGUAAAUCAGUUGAUUCUUAUAGCUAUGCCCAUGAAUCAUUAUCGUAUGACUAAGCUGUUUUUCCAUAACUGCAUCAUCAUAAUACCCUUGAGUCAUUGGAUUUCUUGCAAGCUUUCUGGUUCUCUGUAUAUGUGUUAAAUGCAGGAAGAAUUAUGCUGCAAGUUUAAAAUUGAAACAAUGUUGGGUUUUGGUUCUGCAUUUUG